AUGGCUUCAACACGAUCUAACAUACUUGAUACCAUCGGAAAUACAUCCAUUGUACAGCUUCAUAAUGUUGUCCCAUCAAAUGGAGUACGUAUCCUCUUGAAGAUUGAAAGCAGCAAUCCGACUGGUAGUAUGAAAGAUCGCAUGGCUCUCGCGAUGAUUACUGCUGCCGAAAACGACGGUCGUCUGAAACCAGGCGGUGAUGUCGUUGAAUACACUGGAGGCAGCACUGGAGUAUCACUAGCAUUAGUUUGCUCCGUUAAAAAACAUCCACUUCAUGUGGUGACAUCAGACGCCUUUUCAAAGGAGAAACUUGACCAUAUGAGGCUUCUCGGCGCCAAAUUGACAGUCAUACCAAGUGACAACGGCAAACAAACUGAGAAGCUCACCAAGUAUAUGAUUCGCGAGGCACAUGCUCUGGCCAAAAGAACGGGGGCAUAUAUCACAGCCCAGAUGGAUAAUACCGACCAGAUCUCUGCCUAUACAAAGCUCGCAGAUGAGAUUUAUGAACAAACAGAAGGCCGCAUCGACGUCUUUGUGCAGAGCGUCGGAUCGGGAGCUGCUCUCCGAGGUAUAUCAGAACGCCUCCGACAGCGCGACAAUCGGAUCCGUUUCGUUGCUGUUGAGCCAGCAGAAUCUGCUGUAUUGUCGGGUGGUCCGUCAGGAUCUCACAACAUUGAUGGUAUAGGAGCUGGCUAUGUUGUACCAUUAUGGCACGACGGAAUAGCAGAUGAGUUCCAGGGAGUUUCAACAACCGAAGCGAGGGCCAUGGCAUUUCGGUUAGCCCGUGAAGAAGGGCUAUUCUGCGGGCUUUCAACUGGGGCUAAUGUCACGGCUGCAUUACGUGUAGCAGAACGUCUCAACCCUGGUUCUACAGUUGUGGCCAUUAUGUGUGAUUCAGGUAUGAAGUAUAUGACAGGAUUUUCUCAGCACCUAGAACCGCUAUAG